AGCCUGAAAACUAUUUGCAUAGACCUUACUAUAUUUAUUUUUUAAUGUCAAAACUACACAUCUCUAUUGAAAGUCUUUCUUUUGUAUUCACACACACACAAUACUGGGCCAAUUCUUGAGCUUUCACUAACUGAUAAGAAACGCUAUGGGAAAGCGUUCAGCUGUAACUAACACACUUUCUUUUUCUUAUGAUAAUAAAGUCAUUCUCCGGACCAGAUUCAAUCCAGUGUCUUCUUUUAAAAUAAGUCUAGGUACUAUGGCAAUGUUAUAACAAGGCAAAGAUCCUCAUCAUGGACUUAAAGAAACCUUUAAAACUGGCCAGAAGCCCAACUCUACAUUCACUCAUUCAUAGGAUUUUAGAUCCACUUCCUUGACUUGAUUAUGGGAUGUGUUUCUGAACCACAAUAAACGAGGGACGUGUUCGGAUGAAUACCCUCACACACAAACACACCCCUGUGCUCCCACCCCUGCUCUGUAAUGUAGCGCUCAGCUGCUCCUCUAUGGUAUUUCCCACAAUAAAAUCCCAGGUCGACACACUAACUCGAUCAUUUUGCCUCGGACCCCCUCAGCUCUUCCAUCUCUCCCCUCGUUCUGUCCCCAGGCACCACGGACCGGACUGAGGACGAACACCUUCUGGUUUCAGGUAUGAACCGGAGUGGACGAGAGCAGCACAUCAACACAUCAGCAGAACUAAUAAAUCAAUGAUGAGCGGCAUCAGAGGAGGUCCAGUGAAAAUGCAGAAGAUGUUAAUUAAGCUGAUGGUGUUUGUGGGACUCAUUGGGUUGAGUUACGGAGCCGUUCAGAGACCUGAUUAUGAUGACACACCCUACCCGGAGUUCCUCAACCCGUCCUGGAUGGCCAGCAUCCCCGAUGAUCAGCCGCUGUCUGAGGUCACCAUACCCGGGACCCACAACACCAUGGCCCUGUUUGGCGGUGUGUAUGCUGAGUGCCAGACCUGGAGCUUGGCCUCCCAGCUCCAAGCCGGCGUCCGCUUCCUCGACGUCCGCGUCCGUCACAUCAAGGGGAACCUCACCAUCCAUCACGGGGUGUCCUAUCAGCGGGCGCACUUUGGCCAAGUGCUGCAGGGCGUGGCUGACUUCCUACGGGAGUAUCCCAGUGAGACAGUGCUGGUGCGUGUGAAGGAGGAGUUCAGUGAGACCUAUGACAUCUAUGGUGCUGUGGUAGACCACAUCCAUCGCUACGCUCACUGGGGCCUGCUGUGGCACAGCCGGCUCGUGCCGACCAUGGGAGAGGCCCGAGGGAAACUCAUCAUCCUGCAAGACUUUUCUGGGCCAGACUUGGGGAUGCGGUAUGGCUCCCUGGAUAUAGCUGAUGACUGGAAGGUACACACACUUCUGCAUGUGGAGGAGAAAUGGCAGAGCGUCUAUAAGCACCUGGAGGCUGCAUCUGCAGGAAACAAGGCCCAGAUUUUUCUCACCUACAGCAGUGGAGCUGGUGUGUUUGCGUACCCCAGAGUCGUCGCCCAGCGCGUCAAUGCACAACUGUACAACUACCUGAGAGCCAAGACGGACUUGAACCAGCGCUUUGGAAUCAUAUGCAUGGACUUUCCUGCUUCUCCUAUUAUUCAAAUGAUCAUUGACUUCGAACUGAAAGAGGUCAUAAAGAGAAGACCGGUCUUUAACGCUGUACAUAUCAAGGCAAGUUCGAAAUAUAAAGUUUCUUCAUUGAGAAAAAGGAAUGAGCAAACAUUUGACUAAUUAAGCAUUAGGGAACAGUAGACCAUGACAAGAAACAUUAGAAAAUGAAGCAUCACUAUGGACACCAAAUACUGUCAGUAGCUCCAUAGUUUGUUGUAACCUUACUACUGAUGAUCUAAAUUGUACCUUGGAUGAAACUUCUCAUUGUGUCAUUCAGCAAGAUACCAAGAUACUGGAAACUGAUGAAAUGUUACAGUAUAAAUAAAUCAGAAAUGGAAACGUGAGGUUUUGUGCAAGAAUAAACUGCAGUGAAAGCUUAAGUGUGUUAUUAUUGCUGUUUUGACACAUUUUGUGAAUAUACAUCACCAAUGAGGUCAUUAGGAAACUGAUAAACUGACAUAAGCCAAAGAAAUAACAACAAUGUACCGCUCCACCAAGAAAA